AAAUGAUGCACCGCUGGGGGAUGCACCAGAUGUAAACCGACGUUGCAUGACGCCCCCACUACAAUAAAUAGCAGCCUAGCAUAUUUGGAGUGUGCGAGGAAUUCUUUUUUUCUAAUAUUCCAUAUGCUCUUAAUUUUAAAAUUUAGGCCACUCUCAUAUUCAUCGCCAAGAAUAGCCUGUGCCCUUUUUUAAUAAAACGGUUAGUUCCGAACUCUCAAUCUGAUUGGUUGAAAUGUGUUCUAAUCGCGUGGAGAUUCCUAAUAACUGUUUUCAGCCCGCUGAUGCAUUGAGUAACGGCUAGCUUUACGCACCCAACCAUCUAGCUAAUUUGUGCGUAUACAAAAUGUUCCCAUAACUUGAAUGACUUUUAUAACAUAGCUUUACGACUGCAGCCCACUUGACUAUACUCUGAAGGAGAGGUAGAACCACCUCAAACGAUGCAGGUUGAAAGUGGGCUUGUGCUCUGUUUGUGGCUUGGGCUGUGUACACUACCAUGCAGGUCCCUGGAGCCAGCAGACACUGUGGACAGUGGAGCAUUCCAGCCCCAGAGUGCCCUUACUGGCAUGGAAUUUGUCACUGUAAGUUCUUACAGAGGUCCGGGCAAUAGUGACACACGCAGUAACAAAGAGUUGCCCAUUCUCCUUUGGUGGAGCGCCAACCUCUUCCCCCACUUUCCUGGUAACAGGGAACGCGUGGACUGUCCCCGCUCCUCUUGCCUAGUUACACACAACCGCAAAGUACAGCUGCACCGCCGCACUACUUCCAUUAUUUUCUAUGGUACAGACUUCCGUGCAUAUGAGGCACCACUGCCACGUCUGCCCCACCAGACAUGGGCACUGUUCCACGAGGAGUCACCCAUGAACAACUACAUGUUCUCUCACAGCCCUGGAAUUCGCCUCUUCAACUACACAGCGACAUUCAGGCGGGAGUCUGACUACCCCCUCACGCUUCAGUGGCUGCCAUCACUUGACUACCUCCUGCAGCCUCCUUCAGUUUCUCUGCAGGAGAAGAACCGUUGGAGACAGGCCGGGCUAGCCCCAGUGCUCUACAUGCAGUCACACUGCGAUGUGCCUUCUGACCGUGACCGCUAUGUCCGGGAGUUUAUGAAAUACAUAGAGGUGGACUCAUAUGGAAAGUGUCUGAACAACAAGCAUCUGCCUGAGCACCUGGAGGACACUAGCACCGCCACAGGUGAGGACAGCCUGUUCAUGAGCUUUGUGGCCCGUUACAAGUUCCAUCUUGCCCUGGAGAAUGGCCGGUGCCCUGACUAUAUGACUGAAAAACUGUGGCGACCCAUGCAUCAGGGAUGUGUACCUAUCUACCUGGGCUCAUCAUCAGUGGCUGACUGGCUUCCCAACCCCCAUUCUGCUGUCCUCAUUGAUGACUUUUCCUCCCCCCGAGAGCUGGCCAAAUUCAUCAAGGCUCUGGAUGAGGAUGAUACUGCAUACAUGCAGUAUUUGGAGUACAAGACACACAGCAAGAUCACUAAUCUGCGCCUCCUGGAAGGGCUUCAGAACAGAGAGUGGGGUGUCAAUGACAUGAGCAAGCCAAACUACCUGAAUGGCUUUGAGUGUUUUGUGUGUGAUGGUGAGAACAAACGUCUGGUUGAAGAAAAAGCACACUGGCGAAACCCGGAAAAAAACCCUGCACCCCACCAAAGGAUGGCCAACAACAGCCAUAUGGGCUGCCCUCUCCCUAGUCCAAGUUAUGGCUCCUUAGAUGAGAUUGACCCCAACGACACCUGGGUUCAGAUGUGGCCACAGGACUACUGGCAGAGUCUAGACCAAGCUGAGGGCCUGGUGUCACUGAUAAGUCACAAUGAAUCUGACCCUGGACUGCUCUGGCACCACAUUCACAGCAUAGCCAUGAGGAGAGGCAGGGGCCAGUGAUAUGCAAGCCUCUCCAAGGAAGCAUGUUACCUCUUGGACUCACCUAUGAGUAGGUUUUAAUCGUUAUUUAUUCUGCCAAAGCCCAACAACUUGGAAAAAAGAGCCACUUAUGGUUGACUUGUCCAUUGAGCAAUUGUAAAAUUGCUUUCUUCAUUUAAUGGAAAACUGUGAGUAACCUCUGUAGGUGGGUCAGCUAGCAAAACUAGAGGAAACAAAAUUUGUAUUUGAAGGGUUACCACAGAAAUUUUUAUAAUGCACAUUAUGUAUAUAGAAUUUGAAGAUGGUGUGUAUGUGCAAUUUUUGUAAUUGAAUGGCAUAUUACAUCUAUUUUGGCCUGUGCAUGACUGACUUACAUAUUCAUUGUUGCAUUGUUUGCAGUGUUACAAGUCACGAGAGGUUUUUUGACAUUGUUCAUAUGGAUAUACUUUAAUAAAUAAUCCACAUAAACAAAGCAUUAGAAUGAAUCUACUCUUAUCACUGCAACUGUUAAGUCUUUUUGUGAUUUAUGAAUGUCAGGUUGCUGAACAAGACAUUUAAAUGCAGCUGCUUUUUUAUUCAGCAGAUUUCUUUGUAAUGAGGUUUUUGGGUUCGAUAAGUGCCUUGGAAUGUUUAUAUUUUCAUAUUUCUUAUUUUCAUAUUUUAUAAAGGAGAAUAACAAAUUAAAAGGGUUAUACACAAACCUUUAAUUCCAGUGUGGAUAAUGUUUUGUAGCAGUAAGUAAAAAAAGUAGAUAUUU